UAGAGUUAUGUACAUAAUUGAAAUUCGGCGAAUUAAAAUUAUGUACACUCGCGGAGUAAAAAUUUGUUUAGCGCGCGCGAAGCAUACGCUUGUGUUAUCUAGUUAAAUUAAAUUUUCCGUGAAUUUGCGAAUUAAACUUUGCGAUAAACUCGAAUCGAAACAUGUUCGCAUCGAUUAAAAACCUGUCAAACUCGUGUUCCCUAUCGUGCGGAUGUAUAUAAUUUUUCGUAAUCAUUUAACUUAUAAUUUUUCAUAUUUCUUCGACAUUCAUGUUUCAUCUUCUUUUUUCGCUGAUCGAAUAAAAUUCGGCAUGAGGGAUGCAAAUUAAAAAUUAUGUAUCAAUAACGAUUAGAAAUCUGAAUUCUCCUCGACAGAAUUUUGAUAAAAAAUAUAUAAAUAUAUAUUAAAUAGAAAAAAGAUUUAGUAAAGCGAGUCAGAGCGAUUGUAACGAAUAUGGUGAGUUUAUGCUACAUUUGAGAUGAUUGAGAGUUGCUUCUGAGCUAUGAUUGAGCUAUGACUUAUCACAGGAGACCAUGGAACUGUACAAGAGAAUGCCUGCGAAUGGAUACAAAGAGUACGCCGGAUAUCAUCGCGGCGACUUCUGCUCCAAUUGCGGGCAAAACGAGUACGAGGAUGCGUUGCGCAGCAUCGCGACACGAAAGAGAAGAACGAGGAGAUACGAAAAGCAUUGUCCCUCAUGCCACUGUCCGCCCGAAAGACAAAGAUCUUCUCCGUCUAGUGGACCAAGAACUUUGGAAAAUGUCGAAGCUAUGUUAAACCGAUAUGAAUGCGUCUUCACGGAGCCGGUCAGCUCGACCAUCAAGAAGUCGCAGAGUAGUCCUCUGUCGCAGAAGAUAUAUUGGCACGAUUGUCAGACUGGUGCGCAUUCUCGUUGUCCCAGAAGGUCGUAUCAGCAAGCCCGUCGUCAGCGAAGAACCGAACACGACAGAUACUUAUGUAGGAUAAAGGGAGACACAGUGAAUCCGGAACUGGUCAACGAAGAUGUCGAAGCUUGCUCCAAAUACACGCAAUCGGCACCGACCAAGAGCUCGUUGAAGAGGCAUAGUCACUUGAGAGAACCAGAGACUGUCUUUCAGGGAUCACCGGACGAACAAGAAUAUUCUGACGCCGAAAGCGAGAUGUCCGCCAAGUACGCUUCGUGCGUUCGCCAGUCGAGGAAGAGAGAGGAGAAGGAAUCGCGCAUAAUAAAUCCACAUCUCAGAUCGUCGAGAUAUCAAGGUGUAGGCGGGAACGGAGAAUAUAUCUCGGAGAUGAGGAACACCGAAAGCGACGUCGACUAUCAGCGGAACACGCGCGAGUAUCAAGAAGCGAGAAAGCUCAUUCUGGAAUUUGAAGAGCUAGAGAGGCUGAAGGGCGAAACGGCAGCGGUGACGAGGGUAAACGAAGAUAACGAUAAGAGGCUCGACGGACGUAAACGCGAUGUCGUGGCGAGAGCGACGAAGCAGAAGAGACCAUCUGGCGACGCUGCGUCAAAUGAGUCAUCCGCAUUGAUCAAGGAAUCAAUUGAAGAAUCCGCAAAGAAACUCACACUUAAUGGGCCUGCGCAUUUACCCAAGCUGGAUCUCCACGCCACGAAGACUCGAAUUUUGGAAUCGAUCGAUCAUAUGCUCGACACCAUGGACAACGCGAAAAAUGACGCACCGAUGCGACAGGAAGAAACGGAAGAGACCAUCGAGAAUAUAAGUCGUGAACUCCAGGAAAACGGCUGGCAAUUAUUGUUCAACGCUUUGACGAUACACAGAAACUCGACAGACUCCAGUAAAAAGACCGUUCGUCUGGAAUGUCUGAAUCAUAUUCGGCAACAACUCGACAAACUCUACACCCUUGAAUCGACUUUGGACAAUUGCCCGCUUAAAUUACAAUCUAUGUCGAAUCACGAUAUACCAUGUAAUGAAGAAUAUCAACAGACGCAACAACUGGAGCAUAAAAUUGCGGAAUCUUGAGUCCAAAAGGCCACAUUCGUCAUUUUUUUAUGUUAAAGAACUGUGAUAAAUUUUAAAAAUCCAUACGUGGAUUUUUUCGCAAAAAUGUUUCGUAAGCAUCGUGAAUGCAGUUAUAAGAACAAAAUAAUUGCAAACGCUCCACGCAUACAAAAAAAGUAUCAUCAUGGCUAAAAAUAUAGAUUGUCAAAGUAUACAUUAUUAACAAUAUUUAGCACGUGUUGUGCGAAUCGAUAUUUAAGAUAAACAUAUAAAAUUUGAUAAAAUAUAAAUAUUAAUGGAACUUGUAAAAAUCUGAUGUUAUUAUUUGCUCGCAAAUUUUAGAACUAGAUUAAUUAACACAGUAGUUAAUUAGUUUAUCUUUCAAGCCAAGAUUUAAUUGGUAGCAAUAGCUUUAUUUAUUGUUGAAACGUUUUAAGUAUACAUCAGAGUACAUAACUACUCUCUAUUUUCUUUUUGCUGUCAAGCUAAAUAAGGUACGUGUAAUAUUAAAUUGUUUCCAUUCGGUAGAUAGUUCUCUUUGCGAUGAGAGGUGCGCAUGAAUUCAUUAUGUAAUAUAUAUAUAGAUAUAUGUAUAUGUAUUUUAGGCUCUUGCAUUUGCUACGCAUGUAUACUUUCAAUAUACAUACAUACAUAAACAU